UAUCUUAUUUUAUUUUAUGCUUUGAAAAAUUGUAUUAUAGUUGAUUCAUAGUGUUCUGUCAAUUUCUGCUGUAAAGUGACCUAUUUAUACAGACACAUACAUUCUGUUUCUCACAUUAUCCUCCAUCGUGUUCCAUCACAAGUGAUUAAAUACAGUUCCCUGUGCUAUACCGCAGGAUCUCAUGGCUUCUCCAGUCCCAAUGCAAUAGUCUGCAUCUACUGCCCCCAAACUCCCCGUCCAUCCCACUCCCUCCCCCUCCCCCUUGGCAACCGCAAGUCUGUUCUCCACGUCCAUGAGUUUGCUUCUUUUCUGUGGAAAGGUUCAUUUGUGCCGUAUAUUAGAUUCCAGAUAUGAGUGAUAUCAAAUGGUAUUUGUCUUCCUCUUUCUGACUUGCUUCACUGAGUAUGAGAGUCUCUAGUUCCAUCCACCUUGCUGCAAUUUUAUUGUAUUUUUGACCACGCCGGUAGCAUGUAGAAGUUCCCAGGCCCCAGGGAUUGACCCCGAGCCACAGUAGUGACCCAAGCCACAGCAAUGACGACGCUGAAUCCUUAACCUCUGGGCUACCAGGGAACUCCCAGUAGUUACCAUUUCUCGAGGCUAAAUGUGUGCCAGGCAAGCUUUUAAGUGCUUGGCAUAGUACACCUCAUUUAACCCUCACACAGACUCUGUGAAGUGGAAACUGCUGUUGUCUCCAUUUUGCAGACAAGAGACUGAAGCAUAAAGGGUUAAGGAAUGUGUCUGUGUUCAUGGAGCCAGUCCGCAGCUGCGCCGGGGUCUAAACCCAGGAGUCUGGCCCCAGGCCCCACACUCUUCACGCCUCAGCUGUGCUGCUUCCAGUGCUCCUGCGUCGACGUGUUGUUGAGGCUGGAAGACCGUCUCAGGUCCAGGGACAGUUUUCCACUGCAGCGGUUUCUGGCUGGUACUCUGAAGCAGUCAAGUAACAGGUAUGUGUGAAACAUUUGUGUUUUCACUUUGACAAUGAGUUAAGAAGAUGACUGUUUAUAGUUUACAUUUUCAGGAGCACUAUAACCCAACAGCUAGAAAACAAAGCUCCCGUCUAAUUUUAUACUCACAAAUAUUUAAAAGUCAUUAACAACAAUCUAAGUUCAACCCCAGGCUCCACAGUAUUCGUUCCCCCUAAUUUCAAAGGGGUCCAGAAGUUCCCUCAUGGCUCAGCAGGUUAAGGAUCCGGUGUUGUGACUGCUGUGGCUUGGGUCACUGCUGUGGCGUGGGGUCGACCCCUGGCCCAGGAACUUCCGCAUGCUACAGGAGCAGCCAAAAUAAAAUAAAAGGGGUCCGUACAUUAUUUUAAUUUGACUCUGUUCCUGUGGUUCUAGAAACGGGAUGACCAGCUCUUUCAGAAUAUACAGCAACCGCCUUCCCCCUGCACAGCUCCAGGCUUAGGAGAUUUACGGUAAAGCCAUGUUUCCUAGGAGGUCAGUACAGAAAGCCAGACUCAACCGGCAGUUUCUGGGAGAGAGAAGCUCUCCAUCCAUCGCAGCAGUUUCCUUUUCCUUUGGGAGAUGUUUAUGUCAGAAAAGGCUCCGUCGGGAUCUUUAUCAGCCUCUCCUGUUCCCCUGGGGUUUGGUGGCAUCGACAACGGACAAGGUUAAAAUGAGCUGGUCAUCUCAGGACCAUGGAGAACCUGGAGUUGCGGCUCAAGAAUGCCCCCUACUUCCGAUGCGAGAGGGGGGACGACUCUGUCCCCGUGUGCCGGAAGUGUGAGACGUGUGUCCUGGCCUGGAAGGUCUUCUCCACCAAAGAGUGGUUCCGAAGGGUGGGCGAGUCAUCGCAGACGAGGUUCCUGGUCAGCGUCCUGGUGCAGCUGGACAGCUUGUACCUGCUACACUACUUUCAAAACAUCCUCCAGACCACUCAGGGGAAGGACUUCGUCUACCACCGGUCCCGGGUCAACCUCAGCAACCAGGAGGGGCGCAUGGCCAAGUUCUCCUUGAACCAAAGGCUGGAUAAGACGGUGGAACAGAAGAUGCGGGAGCUUUUGUGCUGGUUUGGGAACAGCACUCACCAGAUGAAGGUGAAUUACACACUCUUGCUGAUGCAGAUGUGCCAGCCCAAGUUACUGCUCACCGCCGCCUCCGUCAUCCGCGUCCUGUUUCAGAGAGAGUGGAGCAGCGUCUCAGGGACCCACCCGGACUUCAACGAUGUGUUCUUCUUCCCUGAGAAAGGCCACGCCGCCCCAGGCGGGCUCCCACAAGUCUGCUGGGCGGCCAGAACCAAGCACGCGACCUUCUCGUUGUCCCAGACUUCAGGGAAAGCGAACCUGCAACAGAACGUGCGGCGGGCAGCGGCCCCUAGUGACGGACGGUGGAAGAGUUCAGUCCGGUGCAUUUCCGAGAUGACCAGGCUGUUUCCUGAGAAAGCGAGCGAGUCCAGAGCAGAGUCGGCCCCCCGCGACGUGUUGGUGGACCCCGAUGCCGUCAGAGAGCUGUCCUCUGGGCUCAGCAGCUACCGCGACUUCAUCCGUCAGCUGCCCGCCCACCUCUCCAAGCACAUCCUAAGUAUGCUGGACAGGAACACCCUGAACAGGUGUGCGUCCGUGAGCCAGCACUGGGCCGCGCUGGCGCACCAGGUCCGGACCGACCUGUCCGUGCACUCCUUCAUCCAACACCAGCUCGCCUUCCUGCAGGGGUCCUACACCCGGGGCGUAGAUCCUAGAUACGCCCACAGGGUUACUAUCCCCGUUCCCAAGAUGGCGGACGGCGGGACGCGCCUGCGUGUGAAAAGCCAGAAAUGGAAACUGAGAACAAAGAACGACUACAGCCUGUGGAGCGCGUACCAGAGCCAGGAGACCCAGCAGGUGCAGCUGGAGGAGAGGAACGUCUUCUGUGGGACGUACAACAUCCGUAUUCUCUCUGACAUGUGGGACCGAAACAGAAUCAUCCACUAUUCCGGCGGAGGCUUGUUGGCUGUGUCGUCCAAUCGGAAGAUCCACCUUCUGGACCUCAUACAAAUAAAGGAGCUACCUGUCAAGUUCCGAGGCCACGCCGGCAGCGUCCGUGCCCUCUUCCUGUGUGAGGAGGAGAACUUUCUCCUGAGCGGGAGUUACGACCUGAGUAUCAGAUACUGGGAUCUGAAAAGCGGGGCUUGCGUACGAAUCUUCAACGGCCACCAGGGGACCAUCACGUGCAUGGAUGUCCAUAAGAACAGGCUCGCCUCUGGAGCAAAAGAUUGCCAGGUAAAAGAGUGGGAUAUAGACACAGGCAAGUGCCUGAAGACCUUCCGACAUAAAGACCCCAUCUUGGCCACCAGAAUCAAUGACACGUACAUCGUGAGCAGCUGUGAGAAAGGGACAGUCAAAGUGUGGCAGGUCGCCACGGCCCAGCUGCUCAAGGAAGGUGCCACCAGGAACAGACCCUCUUCCGGAUCCCAUUCCUCCUUAACUGGGGAGAGAGCUCUGGGCAGGGGUGGCACAGGCUCCACUGGCCUGGGAGCAAAAGCCAAGUCUGCUCAGACUCUCAACGGCCACGAGGGAGCUGUGAGGUGUCUGUGCUUUGACCAGUGGCAUCUCGUCUCGGGAAGCGCUGAUGGCCUGGUCAUGGCCUGGAGCAUGGUGGGGAAGUACGAGCGGUGCCUCAUGGCCUUCAAGCACCCAAAGCCCUGUGACCGAAACGUAGGAAAAGUAACCAGAACGUGGGGAGAGGACCCUCGUCCUGAGGGUUCAUGGUUUACAUCCAGAGCUACAGAAGGACGGCCACCACGGCUUCAGGGGCAGUCACGGCCUCUCCCAGCCAUACCCGACACGCGCAGCGGUCUGCCGGAAGCGGGUACUGCCCGUCGCUCUGUUCCCUUCCAGGGAGGUGCUCCACGUGGCCCUUCUCUUCCUCCGGGUCAUCAGUGCCUGUGCGGAUGGCAAGAUCCGCAUUUACAGCCUCCUCAACGGGCACUGCCUGAAGGUGAUGAAGGCCAAUGGCAGAGGAUGGUGAUCAACACCGAAAGCAAUGUUCUCAUGUUCCAGUUUGAGAACGUCAAGUGGCAGUACCCCCCGGAACAGGCCGGACCAAAGGACAAAGCGGAGGACAAGGAAGAAAACAGCCUCACGGAAGUUCUCUCCAAGUCCAGCACUCAGAUUAACAGCCCGAGGGACUCCACAUCCAGCAAACAAACAGCCCGGGAGUCCCUGUUAAGCAAACCUCACAAGUCCCGUGCCCCCCUGAGGGUAUCCAGGUUACCUACAGCAGCGCUGACAGAGGCACCUCUAAGUCAAGGGAAGCCAAAAUCACCCCGAAAAGACGGCAGGAGGCAAAUGGGCUGCAGGGGAGCAGAUGGCACAGCUGGUGAGCAAGAGAAUUUGGAAGCAAAAUCCCUCACUGGAGAUGAUGCAGAGAAAGUACCCAAACAAGGACAACUGGGAACUGGGGCAGACUUGAUGAGUCGCCCAAAGAAAAAGUCCUGGCACAUCGCCAUGUCUCCUGACCAGCUCCUCCUGACCGUCCACGCCCUGCAGAAAGCCCAUACCUCGGGGGAGUGUGCCUAUCCCCGGAGGCCCCAAGCCCAGGUCCUCGAUGCCUGGGGACCUUCCAUUUCAUACCCGAGGAAGGUCCUGAGUUUGAAGGGCCAGUCUGUCCAGCAUGCCGUUGAUCGGUUGAGACGCAGCAGCCCUCCCACAGACGUGAGACAAACCAGCGUCCCCCUCGAAGUCCAGAAGCUUCAGCCCAACCUGAAGACGUCUCUGCAGAGUCCCAGGGUCCAGUCUACCAUACCCCAGCCUGUGCUUAUCCGCCCCAGGUUCUCGGGCAGCUCGAAGGGUGAAGACGGGGCAACCAGCUCCACCGAGGGGACGGUGCGCAGCUCUGGACCCCUAACCAGCCCCCAGGUCAUCAAACCAAACCGCAUGCUGGCUCCACCCCUGGGCGGCACAGCCCAGGCUGCCAAGAAAGAUCGGCCGCGCUUCCACACGGCCCUCGACCCCUUUCGGAUGAACACGGAGUUCAUGCUCUUGACUGUGAAGGAGGAGAAGGAGUACGAGCAGGCCAAGGUGAAGGAGAACCAGGCCGCGGAGCCCGCGGGCCGCGUGGAUCCAGAAAGAGCCAGCAGAGCCGCAUGGAUCCGGAAGAUCAAAGGCCUGCCCAUAGAUGAUUUCAUGAAGCCAGGAAAAACAGCAGCCCCUGAACUGGGACAGAACAUAUUUAUCUGAACCAGCCUCGGGAAAUUACAGUGUCUUACAGUAAACAGAAAACCAAGCGCAUGCUGGUGUCUGCUCGCUGUAGGUUUGGUCGGUUUUUUCACUGUUUCCCAGCAAUCGACAGAGAGACUCUUGACAAUCUUCUGAUAAGCCAAAGAAUUGAUAUUAUCAAAGUAAGAAAACAGACAGAGGAGUUCCCUUGUGGCUCAGUGGGUCAAGGAUCUGGUGUUGUCACUGCUGUGUCUUGGGUUAGGUCCCUGGCCUGGGAACUUCCACAUGCUGUGGGUGCAGCCAAAAGGGGGAAAAAAAAGAAAAAAAGAAAACAGAGGGAGGCUGGGAGAGAUUGGCAUCUGUAUUCCCACUAAAAAUCAUUCAACGAGA